ACCAGGCGGAUUCCAUCAUGGCGCCCGGGAGCCGAUCAGUGCUCUCCUCAACACCUCUGCAAGUUCUUCUCUACCUGAACACCUGGUACUUUGCUGCCUUCUACUUGGCAGAGAUCCUCAUGUUCAUCUACAAAGGGAUUUUACUGCCAUAUCCACGGGAUAAUCUCAUCCUGGACGUAGUGCUGCUGGUUCUCUUCCUUGCUCUGGAGACAUUCCGCAUUUUUUAUGGCUGGAAGGGGAACCUCUGUGAGCGCUCUCUGGCUUCCCUUGUGUCUCUUUUCAUCCUGAUUCCCUGCACAGCGCUGGCCGUUUACUACCUCCUGCUGCAGACCUUCGUCUUGCGGUUAGAGUUCAUUCUCAGCGCUGUGCUGCUCUGCUUCUAUGGCCUCGAGUUCCUGCUCGGUGUUAUCUCCAUUUCUGCUUUCUCCAGGUCCAGAGUGUACUGAUGCAUCAGCAGCUUUCUUCAGAGAGAAAAUGAUCUUAAUUCCUCUAGGAGGAAAUUAUAUCUAAAUAGUUUUUGUAUGUUUUGCUUUGUAGAUGUUUUUUUUACUCUGAACAUCAGCUUGGAUGUUAUCAAUUGUCUCUAGCUGAUUUGAAAUGCCAGUGAAAAGACAAUACAAGAGAUGGGCCGACAUCAGGAUGUGCCAAUGCCCAAAUGUUUAAAAUAAUAAUAAAAAUAAAUAAAUAAAUAACAUGUAUAGAAAAAAAACAGCAUCAAUGGCUUGGUAGAUCAGCUCCUUCUGUUUCUGUUGAACCUCAUCAGCCAGCAGUCUGCCUUUCAGCUGCAGCGCUGUUGGUCCAUCUUGUGCUUAGAUGUAUCUUUUGUUGACUUGUCACCUAAUGUUAACCUCCUGCAACAUGAAACAUGUGUUUAACAUUGUUUGUACUGAAUCAUUAUUUACAUAAAAGAUAAAUAAACUACAUCUAGAAGUACAACCAGUGGUGUUCCUCAGA